AAUGAAGGGCGUUAUUUGACUUCAUGAAUGAUUUUCCGUUAUAACUCUGAUUACAUGUAUGAUUGUUCUAUAUUAAUGUUCAUAAAUGUUUUUCUUUCUUUCAGAAUGUAGCCGUUUUCGCGACAGUGGAUCGAGAACGAGCUCGUCCGAUGUUAUGUUUUUAGAUCUACCACUCUCCCCAUCAUCGCCUACGCCCUCAUCAUCCGCCUCAUCACCAUCGUCAUCACCAUCAUCAUCCCCUCUACAUUCAAAUUCCCCAUCGUCAUCGUCACCGGGGACGACGACCGAAUCGUCAAUAAAAGGGACGGAAAGAGACUCUUUAUCGAUCAAUGGAAGCAGCAUUGAUCACGAGAAAGCAGCAAAGAGCCAUUUGUGCAACAUUACGCAUGCGCAUCAUCCCUCGGAAAGAACGAACCAGAAAGAUGAUAUCGAAAUGAACAUCACCGUAUUGCCAUGGCAACUCAGCAUCACAGUGGCCAACCAUACAUUGAGUAUUAAGUGGACUGAUACAACUGGAGCCGAAAGGUUAAAAGGAUCGAUCGUCCGGAUAAAUUACAGCUGUUGCUUCCAUGAUGUUCUUCUGCCGCCGUGUCUUGUUUUCAAGAUCGCUGGAUCAAGAUAUUAUUCUGUAGCAACCGAUGUUCUCAGGCAAUCAAAAUCAACGCCAUCUACGGCAGGGAAUAGGUUAGGAGUGAUCAGCGGUUCUGGCGAUAGUAUGACGUCAAUUUUCAAUACCUCGGCGACGCCAGGAGCACCCAUCGAGUUUGUGACGAGUAAUAUUACGAAUGCAACGACGGCGGACGGAAUGACGGCAUAUGAAGAACGUCUGGAGGUGAUCGUGACGGGGCUUUGUGUCGGUGUCGCCAUCCUUUUCGCAUUCUGGUUGGUUUGUUUUCUGGUAGAGAAACGAUCUCAAUCAAAAUAUAUGAAACGAGGAUCAGAUAAACAGAAUGUUUCCCAGACGAGACAGUAUCCACAUGAAGUAGCAACCGUCAGAAAAACACUCAUGGAGAUCUACGACAUGCCAAUGAUACGGGUAGCGAAUUCAGACGAGGAGGGGUCAGAGAGCGGGUCGGGUCAGUCGACGGGUUCCCGCGGUCGGAGUCGACUGGAAAGUGAAGGCGACGAACAGAACAGCUCGACCAAUAUUUCGUCAUCCGACCAGCCGACCGGUGCCGAUUCGUCUUCGUCAGAGGAUACGCUCCGUAAGAAGGAGACGAAGAAGAAAACGACGUUCGCUGAUCCGAAGGUACACCUGGAUAUUCCGAAGGAAGGCACCCCUGAGAAGUUUGGUACGUGGCGCCCUGUAGCCAAGGCAGGAUUGGGGUCACCAGGUGAGGUGCGCUCCAACCGCUUCAUAGCCACCUCACCAACAGCUCAGCCCAAACGAGCACUACUAGCUGGCGGUAGGUCUCCGUCGAUCCUCAAGAAACCCAGCAAUUUCAACGCCAACAAAUCGCCACCGAGUAUACUACGGUUCUCCCGAGGUCGCAAGAUACGCGAAGACCCGACGACGAUAGAAAUGAACUCCAUGGGCGAUCACCUCAACCACGGCUAUUCGUCGCCCAAGAAACAUUCGAAACUGGUCUCUGCUCUCAAGAGCUCCGACUCGAGAAAGCAUAAACGAACUCGGUUCAAGAUGGACGAGCCAGAAGACAUCGGCAACUGCGCAGGCGCAGGAGCUGAAACGUCGGUACCCGUGGGGAACAAAGCUCUGCCAAAGCAGUUGGUCACGUGCGAAGUGCACUUUGAAACCCCCACUGCCCCAAUCCUAAACGGAGAACUCGAAGCCGAGGAUGAGCUGGACGACGAUGAUGAGGAUGAAGAAGUGACAGAAAGGACUCCACUCAAGAAAAAUGUGAAUUUUGUGGUGGUGGAGAAAGGUCUCGCAAGUAAAUGCAAGUUUAAUCUGAGCUGGGAGGAUACAGACGGAUUACCAUGUACUGACGUAUGACGUUAGUUUGGCUGGAGUUUGGUUCAAUAACGCGCAGAUGAUUCUUCACGCCAAACCUGGUCUCGAUGCCAAAAACUUUGUGUUUUUAUCGCAAUCCUGCUAUCACUUAUCAUUCUAUACUACGAUAAUACGAAUAGAGAAAUCUUAUUCUUAAUUGAAUCAAUUAAGGUCUGCACAGUGUGAACUAAUUUUUAUCACGCAAAGAGCUUGCAAAGCAAAGCAAUGUAUCGACAUUAAUUAAAGUGCUUGUCGAGAAGUGGA